GUGGGCGGCGCAGAGGCGGGCGCCACGGCCCCGCGGCGGCAGCCUGAGGAGCAGCGGCUGCCGGAGCGGCCCCUGCUCGGCCCGGCCCGGCCCGGCCCCGCCCCGCCGGCAGCAGGAAGCGGCGCUGAUGUCGGCCGCGGUGCGGCGCUGAGCGGUUCCGCCACCCCCGCCCGCUGCUGCCGCCGCCGCCGGGGGCGGCCCCCGCGGCGCCCCCUUCCCGCCGCCGCCGGGGACGCGCCGCCUGGCGCCUCGCAGGCUCCGCGGAGGCCGCGGCCUAGGGCAGCCGGCGCGGGCAGGCGCGGGAUGCGGAGCGGGGCCGCCGGCGGGGCCGCCGCCCUCCGCCGCUGAGGCCCGCGGCCGCCGCGGAUGCGGCCUCGCCCCGCGCGGCGGCCCAGGAGGCGCCUCGGCGCGGCCCUCGGCCCGCAGCGCCGGCGCGUAGCCCCGCCGCGCGGCCCGGCCCGGCCCCGGCGCCGCGAGGAGGGAUGUCUGCUGCCGCCUCCGCGGACAUGAUCGAGACCCCCCCCGUCCUCAACUUCGAGGAGAUCGACUACAAGGAGAUCGAGGUGGAGGAGGUUGUUGGAAGAGGAGCCUUUGGCGUGGUCUGCAAGGCAAAAUGGCGAGCUAAAGAUGUAGCCAUUAAACAAAUAGAAAGUGAAUCUGAAAGAAAAGCCUUCAUUGUAGAGCUUCGACAACUGUCGCGAGUAAACCAUCCCAAUAUUGUCAAGCUAUAUGGAGCCUGUCUAAACCCAGUGUGUCUUGUUAUGGAGUAUGCUGAAGGAGGUUCUCUAUACAAUGUGCUACAUGGUGCUGAACCUCUGCCUCAUUAUACUGCUGCACAUGCAAUGAGUUGGUGUUUACAGUGUUCCCAAGGAGUGGCGUAUCUCCACAGUAUGAAACCAAAGGCUCUAAUUCACAGAGACCUGAAACCACCCAAUUUGCUCUUGGUAGCUGGGGGGACAGUUCUAAAAAUCUGUGAUUUUGGUACAGCCUGUGAUAUUCAAACACACAUGACCAACAAUAAGGGAAGUGCUGCUUGGAUGGCACCAGAAGUUUUUGAAGGUAGCAAUUACAGUGAAAAAUGUGAUGUUUUCAGUUGGGGUAUUAUUCUCUGGGAGGUAAUCACCCGUAGGAAACCUUUUGAUGAGAUUGGUGGUCCAGCUUUCCGCAUAAUGUGGGCGGUUCACAAUGGUACUCGGCCACCACUGAUCAAAAACUUACCUAAACCGAUUGAGAGUUUAAUGACCCGUUGUUGGUCGAAGGAUCCUUCACAACGACCAUCCAUGGAGGAAAUUGUCAAAAUAAUGACACAUUUGAUGCGGUACUUUCCCGGAGCUGAUGAACCUCUGCAGUAUCCUUGCCAGUAUUCAGAUGAAGGCCAAAGCAACUCUGCCACUAGUACAGGUUCAUUCAUGGACAUCACUUCCACAAACACAAGUAACAAGAGUGAUGCUAACAUAGAACCAAGUGACUUUCAAGGAACUUCUACCAAUGACACUAUUAAACGUUUAGAAUCAAAAUUGGCACAGCAAAUGAAAAAUACAGCUAAGCAGCCGGGUGAUCCUGGCCGUUUGAGUUUACCCCCAUCUCGCGGGAGCAGUGUGGAGAGCUUGUCAGAUGUUCGUGGGCGACCACAGUCAGCCCUUGUUUCAGGAGAAGCCAAAAGGAUGAGUGCUGACAUGUCUGAAAUAGAAGCAAGAAUAGCUUCCACCACAGCCUUUUCCAAGCCUAAACGAGGCCACCGUAAAACUGCUUCAUUUGGCAACAUUCUGGAUGUCCCUGAGAUCAUCAUACCAGCAGGAAACGGACAGCAGAGGCGCAGAUCCAUUCAAGAUCUCAGUGUUGCUGGAACAGAAUCCAGUCAGGAGAGUAGAAACAGCAGUAGGUCAUCUAGUCCUAGUGUGAGAAUGAUCACUACCUCGGGACCAACCUCUGAAAAGCCAGCUCGUAACCCAUGGACGCCUGAUGAUGCAGAGACCAAUGGGUCAGAUAACUCCAUCCCAAUGGCAUAUCUUACAUUAGAUCAUCAGUUACAGCCUCUAGCACCAUGCCCAAACUCCAAAGAAUCUAUGGCUGUGUUUGAACAGCACUGUAAAAUGGCACAAGAGUAUAUGAAAGUUCAGACAGAAAUUGCAUUGCUGUUGCAGAGGAAACAAGAACUAAUAGCAGAACUGGACCAGGAUGAAAAAGACCAGCAAAAUACAUCCCGUCUGGUACAAGAACAUAAAAAGCUGUUAGAUGAAAACAAAAGUCUCUCAACUUACUAUCAGCAAUGCAAAAAACAAUUAGAGGUCAUCAGAAAUCAGCAACAGAAACGGCCAGGCACAUCAUGAUUCCCUGGGACCUUUUGAAUGAAAAAUAUGCACAGAAAAGACUGACUUUUUUUUUUAUUAUCCCUUAUUAUGAGAACUCAUGAGUGUUAGCUUCUUGGUGUGGUCUGUAUUUGUCUGCUACACUUAUAACAUCAUUUAAUUUUCCUUUUCCUAUGGUGGACAUUCAGUUCAACAGGUUAAUCAAUUAAGGUGAGAAAACAGUGACAGUGACUUGAAUCAACAGCCUGCAACUUAAAGCAAGUACAGUAAACAGUGGCUGUAUGCAUGCUCCUUGUGUGAAGGCUAGCCUAACAAGUGUUAAAGUGGCUGCUAAAUUGUAAGAUCUUGUACUUAGUUUUUGGUGUUACCUCGAUAAGAGCAAAACAAAAACUUUCCUGUUUAAGAAUGGUUUUGUUCUAGUGUUUCAUCUCAAACAGAUUUACAAUAGCAGUUAUUUUCAGGAUUUAAACAUGCACCAAGCUGCAGAGAUGAUGUUGGCUGACCAGAGUAAUUCAUGAUGCAUUAGUGAUGCCUUUUACCUGUAGACGUAGUGUAUUUUUUUCCACAUGCAAAAUGGUAGUCAAACUGAUGCCAGCAUCCUUGGUUCAGUGCUUGAUAGCCCUGCAUUUUGACUAAUAUGUUUCCUGUAAUCUUGCAUUCAUAAAAUAUUUGAAGUAAAAGGCUGUAUUUUCUUUACUUUCUUGGGGGGAAUAGUAUGUAGUUUCAUCUGGUUACUGGGCAGAAGUUGUGGAGGUGAUUCACUGGGCAAAGUUGGUCUCUUGGAUAAAUGAGAGAAAGAAUCAGAAAUAUGCGAAAGUGUGUUUUAAACCUUUGAAGCUUUUGUCUUUUUAGUGUCUUUGGAAGGAAGUUGAGAAAGGCAAGUUUUUAUAAACUGAUUGCCUUAAUAUCAUUUAUUGGAUUUUUCUUACAACUUAUUUGCUGAAAAAUAUUUACAAUAAAUGUAAAUAAGUUUGUUUUGGAUAGGGAGAGAAGGGUGUGGGGAGGUGCAUUUAUUUUAAAUAAUGAAUUAUGAAACGGACUUGAGUAUGCAAAUAGCGGAAACUAUUAAGAAAAUGAGGGAAAUGGCUUAGAUCUCCAUCAGGAAUCUCAGUUAUUCCACUCAUUUGAACAUAGUUCAAAGCAAGCCCAUCACAGAAUGCCUGCUGCCUUUGUGACUGAAGAAUUGCACUUAAUGAACUGAAGCAGAAUAUGUAAUGAUUGGUAUUGUUAUUUACCAUUAUAACGUGGGAGAAAAUAACUACUUGUUUACAUUGCAGAUUGAUUAUUUGGAUUAUGAAUUAACUUUUAGCUGGUACAAAAAUGAGGCACUUAUAAAUAUAAUGAGAAAUUAUUCCUUGCAUAAGCUCUUGGCAUACUUAUUUGUGGAUGGGGUUUUAAUAACACUAUUUUGCAAAAGGAAAAUAGAAAAUUGAAAUUUAGCUGCUGAGUCCUCAAAAUAGGGAUAAUCUAAAUUUUGAUUUAUGCUUAUAUAAAAUGAAUGAUUGUUCAUAGGAGCCCAUGAGCAGAGCUUGGUAAAAUAUUAAUGGUAAAGAUCUCACAGUAUUUUCUCUUCCCCUUCCUGCCUACUUGAAAGUAAACAUUAAUAAUAUUGUGCUUAUGUGUGAACAACAAAGAUGAAGCACAGUUUACUGAAUAGUGUCAUUCUGUCUUGAAAAUAAAUCUAUUGUUGGCAAAGCUUUGGAAGUUUAAAACCCUUCCCUCAUUUUAUUUAAAUAAAGGAAGGGUUAUCAUUCCCAAAACCUUAGCAGAUAAUUUGAUUAGUUAGCCGAAACUGAUAUCGGGAUCAACUUAAGGGCACACAUAUUUAUAGCAAAAUGUAAUUGGCAGAGAAAAUAACUCUAGUAUUAGGAAUAGCACAAGUUAUCCAAAGCAUUGCUGUUUGCAUACAUCUGUCCAUCUACCAAAAUGGACACAGCCAGUGUUCAGCAGCUUGCUUAACAUAUGUUUAAGCUUGAAGUAGAGCAACGUAAGUACUAAUGCUUGACUUCAGAUGCAUGGUUGAUAAUUACAUACACAAAAUCAUUUCCCAGGACAGUUUUUUGUGGUUUGCUUUCUCAUAAAACAGAUAUGCUUAAAGUGAAUCAGUAUUAUGUGUGAAAGGUCACUUAAUGGCAAAUUUGAAUAAUGGAAGUGAAUGCAAUGCUAACUUUAUGGUACAUAAUACAAAAGUCAUUUCUAACAGUCGCUUAUGACUUUUCAAAGUUUACAUUAAAAAGGGUCUCAGAUUGUAAAAUAAGUACUGUACUACUAUACCCUGUUGAACUCGGCCCCAUUCAACAGUUAGGUUGUAUUGCUGUUCUUACGGUGUACAAAGGGAAUUUGGAGUUUCACCUUUUGCCUUCAAAUUAUCCCUUUCUUAAUUCCACCAAAAAUUAAAUAAUUUGCCCUGAUUUUUCAGUGGGGUGUUCUGUGUGGGCAAAAUUGUAUAUCAUAAAAAGCUACAAAGGUAGAAUAUAGCAAUUUGUGCUAAGCAGAGUUUAGCAGCUUAUCUUUCUAGUGACUUCUGUCAUUUUCAUAAGGCUCUUGUUUUAAAGUUGUUUACAAAUGUACUUUUAUUUUUCUGUUAAACUAUUUUGGAGCGUGCAGGAAAUUUUUCAUGUCCUCUUAUGUCUAGUUAAAGCCAUUGCUCUGAUCAUGGAGGUGAAACACCUAGUUUUGUCUAGGCACUGCCUUCUCAAAAAGGUAACAGGCUCUGCUUUUUGUUAAAGUAUGUGUUGUGUAAGAUAAUGUGUAAUUGAAAGUAUGCUUCUGUAUACUGUGCAGUUCUACCAAAAACGCUUUUUUUAGGCUUUCUUUGAUGAGAAGUUGAAGAUUGUAAUUCAAAACUUGUACAUAAAGUGGUGAAUGAUUUCAUAUGA